CUUUCCUGUUGGUUACUACCACGUGAAAGCGCUCUGACAACGGCACCACGUGAAAGCGCGCUUACUGUGGUCCACCGGCAAAGUACUCGGUCAUGGAGAAAGACCUACCAGAAGAGGUAGAGCUGGAAUAUGUCCGCUCCGUCUUGAAAGAGCCGUUGACAUACGAGAAGGUUCAACAUGGAACAGUAUUUGAAAUAACGCCAAAGCCAGCAAAUGAGGACAAGGAAGAAGAAGAAAAGUCAACGUUUGAACCUGCUAAACUUAUGAAAAAUUUGCGCCUUGACUUGUUGGGUGGAGAUGAAGAAGACCCAGACUCUGAAAUAACCCUUCCAUUUGAGAGGAUAGCUUCAUCUAUGCAGCCCAUCACAAAAGAUAGAGGGGUGCUCAAGAAAGUAUUGAAGUCAGGUGUUGGGCCCGUGGUGUCACCAGGCAGUGGUGUAUGUUUCCACUACAAUGCCUACCUGGAAAUGGCUGAUGAACCGUUUGAUUCCACGCAACUGCGGGGCCGUCCCUUCCGCUGCCUGUUGGGUGACAUGAUCAUCCCUGGACUCUCCUUAGGAGUGGCCACGAUGCGAAAGGGGGAAAAGGCACAAUUUCUGGUGGAACCACAGUAUGGGUUUGGCCGUAUGGGCUGUCCACCACGCAUUCCAGGCAAUGCUACCACCCUGUGGGAAGUGGAGCUGCAGUUCGUAGUGACUGCCUUGGAUGAAAUUGAGCUGAAGAGCUUCAUGCAAGAAGAUGAGCGGCGCAUGCCUUUCCCCGAACUUCUCGAAAAAUGUGUUGCCAAAAGGCAAACUGGCAACACCUUCUAUGAACAGGGUGAAUACGCCCAUGCUAUCAGGAGCUACACGUCUGCCAUAAAAGCCUUGGAAGAAGCACGAACAAGCAAUGAGAAUGAAGACAAAGAACGUGCUGAAGUGCUGCUCAUGCUUUACAACAACAUUUCGCUGUGUUUCAUCAAGACGGGCAAAGCAGAGUCAGCUAUUAGAUAUGGAAAGCUAGCACUGCAGAGCCAUCCUGAUGAUGCUCGUGCUCUUUAUCGAGUGGGCGUAGGACUCAAGAUGAUGGGAAAAUUCGAUGGUGCAGCUAAUUACCUGCGAAAGGCCCUGAAAAAGCAACCAAACUCUACUCAUGCUGCUGAACAAUUGCGGAGCAUAGACUGUAUGAAACGGAAGCUGUUCGCCGAAGAGAGUGCCAUGUGCAGGAGAAUGUUUAACACUGGGAAAAGCAGCAUUGCAGAAGAGGAGGCAAAGCGUAUUGUCUCUAUGGAGCAGUUUGGUGUGACCCCACAAAUGAAAAACAGCAUUCGUCAGCGCCUGGAAGAGUUCAAGCAAUCAGCAUCUAGCACUCCUAUAACCUUCACAACUGGAUUCAGCCAUACUCAUUUUCAAUAUAUUCGCUCUGUUUCGACAAGGUUGGGGCUAAAAUGUGCGGACUUGCCAGGGGAAGGUGUAAAAGUGUUCAUUGAAUAAGUUCCACGUUCUGUUCAUUCAUUAUGGUUUUGUUGCAAGUUCGCACAUUUCUUCUCUUUAUUGUCUCUCAAGAAAUCUGGCUUUAUUUAAUUGGUGUUCUAUGAACACAGAUGUUUUGUAGAGAGACGAAUAAAGGUCUUUCAGUCAUUUGUACUUAUCA